AUGGAGGUAGUACUACUCACAGUGGAGGAUGUCGUGGUACUUGUAACACUGGUGGUGCUUGUUACAGAUGUAGUUGAUGUAAGGGUAGUUGUGGAAGUCACGCUUGUCGAUGAUGUCAGCGUUGUCGACGUCGUGACCGAGGUGGUACUGCUGACGCUUGUCGAUGUUGUGCUGCUUGUAGCAGUGGUGGUGCUUGUGACAGAUGUAGUCGAUGUCAGGGUGGUUGUUGAAGAAAUGCUUGUCGAUGAUGUCUUUGUUGUCGACGUGGUGAGCGAGCUGGUGCUGCUCACACUUGUCGAUGUAGUGGUGCUUGUUACAGAUGUAGUUGACGUAAGGGUAGUUGUGGAAGUCACGCUGGUCGAUGAUGUCAGCGUUGUCGAGGUGGUGACCGAAGUAGUGCUGCUGACGCUUGUCGAUGUUGUGGUGCUUGUAACACUGGUGGUGCUUGUGAAAGAUGUACUCGAGGUAAGGGUAGUUGUAGAAGAAAUGCUGGUUGAUGAUGUCAGUGUUGUCGAUGUGGUGACCGAGGUGGUGCUUGUGAUAGAUGUGGUUGAUGUAACGGUAGUUGUAGAAGAAAUGCUGGUCGAGGAUGUCAACGUUGUCGACUUGGUGACCGACGUGGUGCUGGUCACGCUUGUUGAUGUUGUGGUGCUUGUACCAGAGGUGCUACUUGUGACCGUUGUUGUCAAGGUGGUUGUGGACGAAAUACUGGUCGAUGAUGUCACCGUUGUCGACGUGGUGACCGAAGUUGUUGAUGUUAAGGUGGUUGUGGCAGUCAUGCUGGUCGAUGACGUCAAUGUUGUGGAAGUCGUGCCACUGGUGGUACUCGUUGCAGAGGUCGUUGAUGUGACCGUAGUCGUAGAUGUCACAGUGGUCGCAGAUGUGGUUGCAGUUGUGGUACUAGUAACAGUGGUUGUGCUGGUUGCCGAAAUCGUUGACGUCAACGUUGUCGUGGACGUCACGCUGGUCAGUGUUGUGGAUGCUGUGACAGAGGUGGUGCUGCUCACUGUUGCAGUGCUGGUGGUAGUUGUCGCCGAGGUACUUGAUGUGGCUGUAGUCGUAGAUGACACACUGGUCGCGGAUGUGGUUGCAGUUGUGGUGCUAGUAACAGUGGUUGUUGCGGACGUCGUCGAUGUGAGGGUUGUCGUGGACGUCACGCUGGUCAAUGUUGUGGAUGCUGUGGAAGAGGUCGUGCUGCUCAUAGUCGCGCUGGUGGUGGUUGUCACCGUUGUAGUGGUAGCCUGA